CGGCAGACACGUGAUGUGACUUCACUUCUGCUGUACAGGAUUUACUUUGAAUAUCAGCCCAGGAGCUCACUACAGCAGCCUUUCAUUGCCGCCGCACAACGGCACUGGCACCAAGAUGUCCAAAGGAAUGACCAUCAAAGACGCUCUCAAGCAGUUCGAGGAGGAGACCAAGGAAAAGGCGAAAGACGCCAAGAUUGUCAAACUCAUCUCGCGGAUACCAUUCAUCGACAAAAUGGACGCCAGCUUGUCUCAACUGGAGGUUUGUGGGUCCAAGUUAAGCAAGCUUUAUUUCCACCAGGGGCGGGGGUGGCAAAAAUUAUUAUGGGCCCCUGCCCUCGAAACUGCCCUGAUAACGCUACUCCUACGCCAGUAAGACUGUGGAGAGUAGGGUUAUUUUUAAUUGUAAGGAAGGGGGAGGGGACCGUCGGGGGAAUUUAAGGGUGGGUGGGGGGGUCAUGCUUUAUGAAAUAAAAGGUAUGUAACAGAAUUGUGAGUUUUUAAUAACUGAAUAACAGCAUAGCUAUUUUUUUCGGUUAAGAACUUAGAAUAAAAUUUAUAGAAACAAUUAAAGAUAUUCUUGUACAAGCAUUGGCUUAUUACAAAUGAUAUUUAUUUAGAUGUAAUGCAAAAUAACCUUGGUGAUUUGAAAAUCUGUCUUUGUGACGAAUGCAAAGGUGUCAGUCUUCCAUAGUAGCUUAAUACCAAAGCGAGUUUGGUAGUCAUUUUUUAAAAUAAAAUUCAAUACAUAAUAAUCGAUACAUAAAUAUUAUUUAAAUACAACAACAAGUGGUUCUUAUACUAAAAUAACAAGAAAGCGAGUUUGGAAGUCGAUUUUUUUAGAAGUAAAAUUCAAUUUAUAAUAAUCGAUACUUAGAUAUUGGUUAAAUACAACAACACGUGGUUCUUCUAAUUAAAUAAUACGGACAUGGAAACAACCAUCGCCUACAUCCUCGCUAUUCAUGGGCAACACGUGCCAAAUGUCGCCAGAAUGUUACAGCCUCAAACCGUCGGCUUAAAAGGAAUAACUUAGAGAGUAAUGACACAUACAGUAGGACAGUGAAUAUCAUUUGCAUUGGUCUAGGCUUUGUUAUGUUAUGGUGUGUGGUUGGGAGGGAACACAGCACAAACAAAUGCAUGCUAUAUAUACUGAGAGAGUUUUAUGAGUGCAUGCAAAUAAUACGAAAAUGUCAAUUGGUUAUAGCGAGAUAUAUUUAAAUACAACAUUACCAGAAACAGUAUUGCAUUAAAAUUGAACACCCAUGAAAGAAGAAUAGAAAGGCCUACGACCCGUGACGAAUCUAGUGGGGGUGCCAACUGGAACAAGCUCCCAUAAUGUAACGACAUAACAGUAAACGAAAACGACGCCCCUAGCAUAACAAAAAGUUCAGCCCCUUUCUACUCUAGCUCAUGCGUUAAAUUUAAGGUGUGAUCUUGAGGAAUUCAUAAAAAUAACUGAGCAUUUUAUAGAAUGACUGACGAUUGCUCUCAAAUUAUAAAAAAAACAACGUUAGAACUGUAAUAAAUUACCUAGGCAUGAUACAUAAAAUGCGUGCCUAGACUUACGAAAGGACACAGGAAUUCAUUGGCUAACAUCAUAUUUGAGUGCAACAAAAGCAAAAGUAUACCAACAUUUAUUUUUAUUAGACAAUAGCAGGGAAUGUGACAGGAUGGUAACACAUCACCAGCUGCAUUUCAUAAGUUAACAAUAGCAGGCCAUUCAGCUCGGUAGCGUCACUGCCGUUGGAUGUGUGUUGGGGUCCUUGAUCCUCCCCUGGCUUCUCUCUUUAGUGGGAUACAUUUUAUGUCCACAACAUUUACUUCAUAAAGCAUUUUAAAAGGGAUUUCAGUAGGCGUUGUUGUUGUUGUUGUUUAUUCUGAAUUUGCGGCGAAAAAAACAACAACCCGAGCUUCAAAAAGUCUUGCUUCUCUACCGUUUAAGACAAUAGCCUUAGCAUUUUAUUUUUGUAUUAGCCAAAUAACGCGUGAUUUUCAAUAUAGAUUAUCAUAAGUUCCGAAAUUAACAAUCGACAGCAAGUCUUUGCUGGUAAAACUUUACAGAAAUUAAAAGAAUUCAAGCAACAAAAUCCAAGGGAACUGUGGUAGAAGAAUACGGUGAUGUGUUGGUUGUGGGUGUGGAAGAGUACGGUGAUUUGAUGGUGUGGAUGUGGCAGAGUACGGUGAUUUGAUGGUGUGGAUGUGGCAGAGUACGGUGAUUUAAUGGCGUGCCUCUUGUGUUUACACGUUCUAACAGUGCAUUGUUUGCUGAAUCUGGACAGUCUUUUUUAGCAGAUUAGCAAUCCAUCAUCAGUGAUACAUCGUGCUUGCUAUUAUCGAGAUGAUGUCGUGAUGUACCGUGAUUGCUAUGAUGGAGAAGAUGUCGUGAUGUAUCGUGAUUGCUAUGAUGGAGAUGAUGUCGUGAAGUAUCGUGGUUGCUAUGAUGGAGAUGAUGUCGUGAUGUAUCGUGAUUGCUAUGAUGGAAAUAAUGUCGUGAUGUAUCGUGAUUGCUAUGAUGGAUAUAAUGUCGUGAUGUAUCGUGAUUGUAUGAUGGAUAUAAUGUCGUGAUGUAUCGUGAUUGCUAUGAUGGAUAUAAUGUCGUGAUGUAUCGUGAUUGUAUGAGGGAUAUAAUGUCGUAAUGUAUCGUGAUUGCUAUGAUGGAUAUAAUGUCGUGAUGUAUCGUGAUUAUAUGAUGGAAAUGAUUUCGUGAUAUAUCGUGAUUGCUAUGAUGGAGAUGAUGUCGUGAUGUAUCGUGAUUGCUAUGAUGGAGAUUAUGUCGUGUUGUAUCGUGAUUGCUAUGAUGGAGAUGAUAUCGCGAUCUUUCGCGUACCGUUUAUCGGAAUCGCCAGCAGAUCAGUAUCGCAUUGUACCGUGAUGACUCAUGAGUGACCUAAUUUAGGGCGAUUCAAAUGCACAUUUCAACUUGUACAUAGAACCACGCCCGCAUUUUUUUUUACUCACCGACAGAGGCGUAACCAUAGCCCAAAAAUCAGACUCCAUUUGCAUUGUGCCGCUUAUAAAUCCAAUCAACAAAAAAAAAUGGGGCAAUCAUCAAAGCACAACACUGAACAACCAAUGUGUAUAGAUAAUAAUUUUAACACGUUGUUGGGGUCGGUUGGGGGUGGGGGGGCUGUAGUUCAUUAGCUAGGUUUGGAUCCUUCUUAUGGUUAUGAUUUUAAAUGGUAGCAAACGUGUCUGAAACUCACUGUCCGCUUGAAUGAUGCAACGUUAAUAACACCCCGCAUUAGCUUAAUGUGUUAUGUGUAUUUAAUUAUUUGUUUACCUAAUGAUGACACACAAAAAAAGAACCCUUUUCCCAUUUAGGUGUCCAAUAAAAUGUAAGACUGGAAAAUAUGUUCGCCACACUUCCUUCACUCUAAGAGAGUCUUCUCUUCGUUGCUGGCUGAAAUAGUAGUCUCGUAAAUAUUUCUUGUUUGAUCUCAAUCGUUUGUCUUGUUUUAAACUUUUAAAAAAAUGUAACCUCAUUUUAUGUGUUCAAACCGUAAGCAAUUUGAAAAGAAUAUCUUUCAACAUAUCGGAGACCCUUAACUUGUAUAUUUCUUUACGCUAAGCGACAUAAGCAGCUGAGUGGAUUUCCGGGCACAAAGUGUAUUUAGAUUGCAUGCUUCCCAACCCUACACACUUUUUUCCCCUGCCAAAUGACAAAACUACUCUUUGGAGCAUGAAACUCCGUUUUUAAAAACUGAGAAAUACCUUGACACAAACCCAUGGGGUAAACAGGUGUGUAACUAAAGUGUAAAUAUUAUUUACCUAUAGCAUGUAAAGAAUCAAUUAUGGAUUUAUUUUCUUUACACUUUUAUAAGAUCCCCUUAAAUGGAUCCCCAAUAAGGGUACCUGUGUCUAUCUAAAGAUUGAGGGAACUAUUCUUACAAUGAACUUUUAUUGAAAUAUGUUCUCGUUUCCUCAACCACAGACUGUCUUAUGCUGCUUCAGCAUGCCUUUGACUGCCACUCACUGUUGACCCUUUCUCCACUAGUUUGCAAGCAAAUCAGGCUGUCGAUUGUCUACUCCCCCAGACUUGCACGAACACCUCACAGCUGUAAACUACGCAGGCUUGUGAGAACCUCAGUCAAAUUCUAUCCUCCCGCACAUAUGAGCAGCUGCCACUCUCAAAUCUUGACUCAUCAGGUUUACUUCAAACUUUCACGUUAAGUCCAUUCUCCCAUGGCUUGCAGCCACUUUUUAUUAUUGACUCGAUCCUCCUCAGACUUGCAAGAAUAUCUCAAUAAAGACUUUAUAGUCAUCAGAAUUUUGAGAACCUCAAACAGGCUACCCCACUCCUUCGAAGACAUGUUUACAUAAAUCACAGUCCACAUUUCAUCCGCUGGCAUGAUAUUAUUUCUCAAUUUCCACUUUCUCAUACCUGGACAAGAUAUCACUUUCACUGACCACUUUGUCAUCCCUAGGCUUGCGAGCUACUCUCACUGACCACCUCCUCAUCCCCAGGCUUGCGAGCACCUCUCACUCUCCACCUUGUCAUCCCCAGGCUUGCGAGCACCUCUCACUGUCCACCUUGUCAUCCCCAGGCUUGCGAGCACCUCUCACUGUCCACCUUGUCAUCCCCAGGCUUGCGAGCACCUCUCACUGUCCACCUUCUCAUCCCCAGGCUUGCGAGCACCUCUCACUGUCCACCUUCUCAUCCCCAGGCUUGCGAGCACCUCUCACUGUCCACCUUCUCAUCAACAGGCUUUCGAGCACCUCUCUCUGUCCACCUUCUCAUCCCCAGGCUUUCGAGCACCUCUCUCUGUCCACCUUCUCAUCCCCAGGCUUUCGAGCACCUCUCACUGUCCACCUUGUCAUCCCCAGGCUUGCGAGCACCUCUCACUGUCCACCUUCUCAUCCCCAGGCUUUCGAGCACCUCUCUCUGUCCACCUUCUCAUCCCCAGGCUUGCGAGCACUUCUCACUGUCCACCUUCUCAUCCCCAGGCUUGCGAGCACCUCUCACUGUCCACCUUGUCAUCCCCAGGCUUUCGAGAACCUCUCACUGUCCACCUUGUCAUCCCCAACACCUCUCUCUGUCUACCUUCUCAUCCCCAGGCUUGCGAGCACCUCACACUGUCCACCUUAUCAUCCCCAGGCUUGCGACCUCUCUCUGUCCACCUUCUCAUCCCCAGGCUUGCGAGCACCUCUCACUGUCCACCUUGUCAUCCCCAGUCUUGCGAGCACCUCUCACUGUCCACCUUGUCAUCCCCAGGCUUGCGAGCACCUCUCACUGUCCACCUUGUCAUCCCCAGGCUUUCGAGAACCUCUCACUGUCCACCUUGUCAUCCCCAGGCUUGCGAGCACCUCUCACUGUCCACCUUGUCAUCCCCAGGCUUGCGAGCACCUCUCACUGACCCCUUCUCAUCCCCAGGCUUGCGAGCACCUCUCACUGUCCACCUUCUCAUCCCCAGGCUUGCGAGCACCUCUCACUGUCCACCAACAAAAUAGAAAAGAUCGCCAACCUGAACGGAUUAAAACACUUGCGGGUCC